AUGAACUCGUCGUCGACACCAGUGUGGACCCCCAAGUGCGGCGUCCAUGUUCCAGCGGAGCUCAUCCCCGAAGCCAUCGAGUUCGAGCAGAACUGGAUCAAGUACGGCAUAGCCAAGUCGGCCCUGUACGAAGCUCGCAUGGCGUCCUAUGAAGCCGAAUGGGGAAGUUCGUCGUCGCAAUCACUCAAUCAGCACGUCCUUGAUUCCUCCGCAAUGUCGACGAUUUGCGAACCGUCUGUGUCUAUCCCACACCACGAAAACCAGUUGUACGUGUCCACGGUCCAAGAGAUGUCCCACCUCAGCACAGCCUCGUACGACAAGAUCAAGUACUUUCCUCCCAUGGACAACCAACCCUUGUCAAGCUGUCUGGACGAAGAGGACGACGACGACAUCAGUCUAUUCAUUUCACCGAUGGUAUCGACGGCAGCAUUUUCAUCGCACUGGACGCUUGCCGAUGCCAAGACGGGCUUGAGCUCCGCCAUGGACAUCCUCUGUGUAUCUCCCAACGGCGGCCGACCAAAGGCCAAAGCGGCCAAGCGCUCGGUAUCUUCCGGACGAAAGAUUCGAUCGUCAGAUGUUACAGCGCCAGCUCCCGCUGUUCCGGCCAAGAAGAAGUCUGCGGCGGCGUCUGCGAAAAGAAAGGCCGUCGACGAACUCCGACGCCCAUGA